AUGGUGGAUCAAUGCCUCAUCUAUAAGAAGAAAAAGAAGAAAGAUGGUCGAAAGAAAGAUAAGAUUGAUUCUUCUAAAGUAGUAACAAAAAUGGAUUGGAAUAACAAGAAAGACGGAGGUGAUGCUAAGAACAUUGAUAACUACCAACAAAAGAAAGGUCAAUUCAAUUCUAGUUGCUUUCUUUGUGGAGAACCCCAUCGAAAAAGGGAGCAGUUAAGUACCCUUGUUGCUGAAAAUAUUAUGGAUGAUG